AAGGAGAAAAAUCCAAACCCAUCAAACAGUCUCAUAAGAAGCCAAAGUUACCAGAAGGUCGUUUUGAUGCACCAGAAGAUCCUAAUUUAGAGAAAGAACCACUGACAAACUCCACUGUAGCCAACUUGAGGAAGAUUCUCCUGCUGGCUGUGAAGAAGAUGCUCUGUUGUGAAAGUGCCAUGAGCUAGAACCUGAAGGCAGCUUCUAGGAGCUGAGAGUGAUCCCAGUUGACAGCCAGCAAGAAAACAAGGACCUGAGUUCUGCGACCAUAGGCUCUGAAUUCUGCCAACCACCUGAAUGAGGAUGGAAGAGGAUUCUGAGACUCCGAUAAGAUCCCAGCCCCAGCAGACAACUUGAUUUCAGUCCAAGAGACCCUGAGGACAGGGCCUAACUGACAGGAUCACUCUGGCUGUGGGAGGACAGCAGGCGAGAAGUGUGAUAUAAGGCAGGAGACCAACUAAAAUACAACUUUAUUAGUCCAGGACCCUGACCUCGGUGUUUGUCGCGCCGGUCGCAACAUCAAAUGAAGAAAGUGUUUCAAGAAUUUGGAAGUGAUCGGUUCUAUCAAAUGCAGCUAAGAGAUUCAAUUUGUGAAGGACUCAGGAUUGACCAUUGGAUUUUAAAAUGUGGAUCAGAACAUUGUCAGUGCUGUGGUAGAGAUGAGUCCUAAUAUGAAUGAGUACAUGAGAGAUGGGAGUUGGAGAAGAAGACAUAGUGAUUCAAGUCCAUCCUUGGGUUUUGCUGCAAAGAGGAACAAAGAAAUUAGAGUUCUGGAGGCUGGGAAGUCCAAGAUCAAGGUGCUGGCUGAUUCAGUUCCUGAUGAGGAUGCUUUUACUUAUUUGCUGUCUUCUUGCUGUGUUCUUAUAUUUGAGAGAAAGGAGAUGACAAAUGGAGCAAAGUCGUUCAGGGAAUGGAAGAGGAUUGCACCAAGAGAAAGAAGAGUUGGACAGGAAGCAAGACUUCUGCUGGGAUUACAGAAGAGGAAGUCCUCGAUGGGCUUCCUGGAAUAUUGGUGUGUUUAUUUGCAUCAGAUGUGCUGGAAUCCAUAGAAAUCUUGGGGUUCAUAUAUCCAGGGUCAAGUCAGUCAACUUAGACCAAUGGACACCAGAACAGAUACAGUGCAUGCAAGAUAUGGGAAAUACUAAAGCAAGACUACUCUAUGAAGCCAAUCUUCCAGAGAAUUUUCGAAGACCACAGACAGAUCAAGCAGUGGAAUUUUUCAUCAGAGAUAAAUAUGAAAAGAAGAAAUACUAUGAUAAAAAUGCAAUAGCUAUUACAAAUAUUUCCUCCUCUGAUGCUCCUCUUCAGCCUUUGGUGUCCUCUCCUUCUCUACAAUCUGCUGUUGAGAAAAACAAAUUGGAGAAAGAAAAGGAAAAAAAAAAGGAAGAGAAAAAGAAAGAAAAGGAACCAGAAAAGCCUGCAAAACCUCUUACAACUGAAAAGCUGCAGAAGAAAGAAGAUCAGCAGUUGGAGCCUAAAAAAAGUACCAGCCCUAAAAAAACUGCAGAGCCCACUGUUGAUCUUUUAGGACUUGAUGGCCCUGCCGAGGCACCAGUGACCAAUGGGAACACAACCACAGUGCCAUCCCUGAAUGAUGAUCUGGACAUCUUUGGACCAAUGAUUUCUAAUCCCUUACCUGCAACGGUCAUACCCACAGCUCAGGGGACGCCCUCUAUACCUGCGGCUGCCACUCUGUCUACAGUAAUAUCUGGGGAUCUGGAUCUCUUCACUGAGCAAGCUACAAAGUCAGAAGAGGUAGCAAAGAAACAACUCUCCAAAGAUUCCAUCUUAUCUCUGUAUGGCACAGGAACCAUUCAGCAGCAGAGUACCCCUGGUGUGUUUAUGGGACCCACAAAUAUACCAUUUACCUCACAAGCACCGACUGCAUUUCAAGGUUUUCCACCAAUGGGCGUGCCUGUGCCUGCACCUGCAGCUCCUGGCCUUCUAGGAAAUGUGAUGGGACAGAGUACAAGCAUGAUGGUGGGCAUGCCCAUGCCCAAUGGGUUUAUGGGAAACGCACAAACUGGUGUGAUGCCACUUCCCCCAAAUGUGGUUGGCCCCCACGGAGGAAUGGUGGGACAGAUGGGCGCGCCCCAGAGUAAGUUUGGCCUGCCGCAAGCUCAGCAGCCCCAGUGGAACCUCUCACAGAUGAAUCAGCAAAUGGCCGGCAUGAGUAUCAGCAGUACAAACCCCGCAGUGGGUUUUGGCCAGCCCCCCAGCACAACAGCGGGCUGGUCUGGAAGCUCAUCGGGUCAGACUCUCAGCACACAGCUGUGGAAAUGAAAACUGCACUGCAAGUUUCAUCCAGAACUACCACCUGACAUUCCUUGCUAAAACGCAUCUAGUUCCCCUGUUUAUUCAUGUACAUAUUUUUUUUUCUUUUUCCCCAUUUGUUCAUAUUAAGAAUUAUCUGACUGACCGUGUUGGUCUGUACAGAUUAAAUUUGAUGUGAAAAGCAGGUUGAGAAACGAUUUUAUGUCAAGGGCAGCUUUGCUCAUUUCCCAUGAUUUCGUAAACCACAUUAUUUGAGAAGCUGCUCAGUCAACUUGCAUAAUCAGUUUUACUCUCGAUAAAAGUAUAGCUCUAAUGUUUGCAUAUAAGGGAAGUAGUUAUCAUGUUAGUAAUACCUCUAACAGUAUAAACCCCACCCCCAAAUUAGCCAGUAAUCCUGUAGGAAGGUACUGUAUGAUCAAAUGUUUAAUCAUAUAAAUAGAAUGUAAAUGUGUCACUGAGCACUGUUUUCUAGUGUAUCAAAGUUCUUUUAUUUCAUCAUUCACUUCACUGUGCUGUUGUUAUGAUGUGCUUAACAGGGAACGUGGCUAGUGAAAGGAAGAUAAACCUGGAUGUUACUACAAAACUUAGUUUAACGAAUGUUUAAAGAACUCAAAUUUUAUCUGCCUCUCUUGUAAUUUGGAUCUCUUCUUAUGUACAUAGUGCUAAUAACAUGAAGACCUUUCUCUGCACUAUAUGCAAACAGGGUAACUAAACAAAGCCACUUUCAAUCCUUGAAGGUAUAUCCAGGUUUAUGACAGUAAUUGUGUUUACAUUUUAUGGUGCCUAGUAUUGACAAAAUGUUAUAUCCCUAUAUUAAACAGAUAAAUCCAUA